UCGCCAAAAUAAAUUGAAACGUCAACUUGGUUGUUUUGUUUACUCCAAAGAACGAAACACUCUGAAUAAAUAAUAUUAAAUAAAAGAGGUGCUGACUGAUGACUAAUUGAAAAAAUAGUAUUUUGUAAUAAAAUUCAAAUAUUUUGUCGUGAUUAAACUUAAUUUAUAACAAAGAGGAUUCUAAGUGAACUUUACUAUACGAAAAUAACAAGACAAUUAAGACAAGGAGGUUGUAGAAGACAAAUAUGAUCAUAUAACGCAGUAUUUUCAGCUUGUUUUUAAUAUAUUAAAAAUAUGACUCGGAAUCCUCGCCAUGUAUCGUAUGAACAAAUUAAAGCUGUAGUUGAAUUUAUGGGACGGCACGUAGAUUUAGCAAGCGGUUCCCUACGCACGCUCCAAGAUCGACACUUGAAUAGAAAACUCUGGAAUGAGCUUUCGAAUAUCGUAAAUAAUAUGCAAAGUGGUACUAAGAAGACAGCAGAUGGUUGGAGAAAGUACUGGAAUGAUUUCAAAAAUAAACUUAAAAGAAAGGUGAUUUUAAUAAAUCGUAAAUAUUCAAGCUAUAGACCUAAUUUAAAGCCACUCAAUAAGCUGGAGAGACAAAUAUUGGAAAUAUUAGGACCAGACUUUGCCAAAGCAGGGUAUCAUUCAGGAAAACAUAGGGCCAUAAAUCACCGUCUACCAAAAGUCAAGUUGGAAGAACACAAUUUUGAUAUGGGUGGCAAUGUUAAUGAAUCUAGUGACAAAUUAAGUGAUAGUGAAAAAAAUGAAAGCGAGGCAGGUGAGAGUGAUGAUGAAGUAUCUGAGACUGACAACAACAGGAUGCAACUACAAAAUAUAUAUCCAAAGUGGUUAAUAGAAAUAGAAAAAAAGAGGACAGACAUUGAGUUAAGAAGAGCAAAAGCUGAAGAAAAACAGGCUGACAUUGCAGCUCAAAAUGCAGAAACAGCUAGAAACCAAGUGGAAGCCUUAAGAAAGCUUACUGAUGCUGUAUCAACACAAGCAGAAGCCAUGUUAAGAAUAGCUUCUGUAUUAGAAAGUAAAAUUCACCCUAUUGAGGAUGCUCUUGCUUUGUGAAUAUAUUUUGGAUCUAGAUUAAGUUCAGAGUGCAUCUGCCAUACAUUUUUUACAAGCAUGUGCUUAAUUUUUUUACAUACAAUUUCUCAAUCUUGUCUAUGACUGAAGUCUCAAAUAGGUAGUUAAGAUCUGUGAUACUUUUUAUGCUACUCUGUUGUGUAGACAUAAGUUAAAUUAUAGAAUUGAUUUAAGAAAAAAUAUUUUAUUUAAAGAAAUUUUGUCAAAUUAA